AUGGGCGAGACCUUCGGAGACUCCAAGUACGUCCUCGUGCUCAAGGACCACACGCUUCACUAUUAUGAGGUUGUCGUAGCAAACACAGCCAACAAUCCCGCGACCGUGGAAGCGUCGCUAGCGUGA